AUAAAUCUCUCGUUCUCUCCAUGAGCUUCUCUCUUUGAUCUUUUGGGCACUCUGUUUUUUGACUUAGAACAUCCCUCCUCACACUCUCACAGGCAAAAACUGCAACAACAAUAAAAGCACGGGAAAGCAUCACUCCCUCCAUCCCUGAAUUUUCAAUCUCCCUACUCACUCUUUAUUUACAUCACCGUAUCAAUCCCUCUCCCAGGUAGCCCAGUUCCUAACCUGCGCACCUCCUCCUCAGGUGAUGGGCGUACUGCGCCGCUCCCGCCACCGCCACCACAACCACCAUUAUAUAAGGCCAUCAACUGUCAUCACAGCCUUCACUUUUCUCCUGUUCACCUCAGCCUCAACGGCAGUAACCAGUCAAACCCAACUCGGAGGUGGUGGGCAUCAUCAUCAUCAUUAUCAAGGUGAAAGCGGGCCAGCAUUGGAGCGAGUCGUGACCCACCAAAAGAUUCGUCUGGGUUCAUCGCCACCAAGUUGCAGAUCCAAGUGCGGGAGCUGCUCGCCGUGUAAGGCAGUUCACGUCCCCAUCCAACCAGGUGUCUCGAUACCUCUCGAGUACUACCCCGAAGCUUGGCGCUGCAAGUGUGGCAGCCAUCUCUUCAUGCCCUAGUAAAUUAAUUAAAUUAAAACCUUUUUAAUUUAAUUUUUAUUUAAUUACACUAGUAGUAUAUAGUAUAGUCCAAUUUCUUUAGCUUUUAAAAAAUCUGUUAGUAAUUAUUAUUAUUAUUAUUAAACCUUUUUUCCCCAGUAUUUGGUCACUGACUGCAUAUACUGAUUAUUAUUGUUGUUGCUAAACGUGGGGAACAAGUGAAGUGGUGAGAAUGUAACAUUUAUAUUUUUGUUUUU